AUGUCGCGGUUAUCAACCUUCGGACGGGUAACCAGCCAAUUGGCGAUCCCCUCAGCCACCUCAAACACCUGCCGAUCGUGUCAACUACGUGCCAGCGCCGCCUCGCAACGACGCCAACUGCAGACUUCCGCCGCUCGUCCUGCAUUCAAGGACCGUUUCAAUGCGCUUCUUGGACGUAAGAAGGAGGAUAGCAACUCGACCGAUGUAGCUACGACCAAAGUAACAGGCACUGCAGAACGAGUACGCCACACGUCAGAAUAUCCAGGAUGGGACCAACGACAGAGACGUCUCCCUGAGGGAUGGGCCAAGACACCACAGGAGGACGCUGGCUAUGUUGUGUCGACCGAGGGCAAGGAUCUGGAACGUGUCGGAAGUGCAGAAUGGGUGGAAGAGCAGUUCGACGACAAGCCGAAAUACAAGGGAUGGUCAAAGGUGCACAAAACAAAUGCAUUGAGCCCUGAGGAUGCCGGAGCCCGAGUCAUAGCCGCUGCAAAGGCGGUUGCAACGAAGGCUAGUUUCACGGAGUCGCAGCUGCAAGAGGAAGGCUUAAACCUUGCGAUCAACGAUGUCAACGCAAAGUUCAAGCUCACCAAGAAAUUGCGAACCCUUGUAAAGAUGAACAUUCCGGAUAUCGUUAUGCACAGGGCAACAACACUCAAGGACUUCCAGCAAGCCAUCUUUACGAAGCCCAAGCCCAAGAAGCUUUCCUUCGCACUUCUGGCUAACGACGAGUUGAUGGCAAACAGUAACUUGCAGGUUCGCGGGGGCCGCCAAACAGCGGUUCACAAAGAUAGGAACGUCGGCAGGUGGAAGUUGAUCGAGAAAGAGCUCAUGAACAGAGGUCUGCCUGUCUUUGGACAUGGAGUCAAGGCUGACAGGGGUUUUGAGCAAGCCUAAGAGUCUUCAAGAGUCCACGUGGUCGACUGAUACACAGCGAGGCCUUGAUCAGCGGCUGCGUGCGAUGAUUGAUUUGUACAAAUAUACAUCUUGUAAGCAGUUCAAGAAAGCUCUACAACCACGAACGCAAAAAUGUCGUAAAACAGCCCAACGGAACAACGUUCACUUCAAAGACAGAUUGACAGCUUCAUCGAGAUCAAGGAACAAAAGAGGCCUGGCACACCAACGUCCAUGCUUGAACGGCAGCUCGCAAGCCUGUCUUGCAUCCUAUUCUGUACUACCGUGCUUACUUUCGUGGGUACAUGAUAUCGCUAUGUCGUUACCUUUGAGUUGACGAACGAGGUGCAUCCAUUCAGAGCAUGUGCUGCCACGAUACAGGUAGGCUGAAGGUGUAGGUUUCGGUUGGUGCAAGUGAAGUGAAGCUCGAUAAAUAUGCAUGAAACGUGACUUUGUCGUCACUGCCAAAACAUGAAAUAGCGCGC